ACGUGGCUUCCCAGGACUUCAAAUCGUGGCACUUGUGGAGGCCAAUCGUCCGCUCCCAACAGCAUUUUGGACAACGAACAGCCCCCUGAAACAGGUUCGCGCAGGGCUAAUAUAAAAUGACCCGGGAAUACACGAUCAAAUCCAUACAACUCCAUUUUUCGCAGAGCCAAAAAUGGUGAACAAUGAAGCUUCGAAGCCGAGAGGAGAAGAAGAAGAAAAUGAGAGUUCAAACGCUAUCAGAGUCUGCGGCAUGCAAUUCGCGUACGAGGGAGAGCCACCGCUCUUUGCCGACUUCAACCUCGAGCUCCUACCCGGAUCUCGAUGCCUUCUCGUUGGUGCCAACGGAUCUGGGAAGACCACUUUGCUGAAGAUUCUUGCGGGUAAAAAUAUGGUAGGAGGAAGAGAUGUGGUGCGCGUGCUGAAUCAAUCGGCUUUUCAUGACACCCAGUUGGUGUGUGGUGGCGACUUAGCCUAUUUGGGAGGAUCUUGGAGUAAAACAGUUGGCUCCGCUGGUGAGAUUCCACUUCAGGGUGAUUUUUCUGCCGAACAUAUGAUAUUUGGAGUUGAAGGGAUUGACCCUGUUAGGAGAGAGAGUUUGAUUGAGCUACUUGAUAUUGAUCUGCAAUGGCGAAUGCAUAAGGUAUCUGAUGGGCAGAGGCGUCGAGUCCAAAUCUGCAUGGGUCUUCUUCAUCCUUUCAAGGUCCUUUUGCUAGAUGAGGUUACUGUUGACCUGGAUGUUGUUGCUAGACUGGACUUACUUGACUUCUUUAAGGAAGAAUGCGAUCAGAGAGGAGCCACAGUAGUAUAUGCAACACACAUUUUUGAUGGUCUAGAGACAUGGGCAACACAUUUGGCAUACAUCCAAGAUGGGGAGUUGAGGAGGGCAGAUAAGUUAUCAGAGGUUAAUGAAUUGAAGAAUUCAGCCAAUCUGCUUUCCGUGGUUGAGGCCUGGCUCCGUGCUGAAACCAAGCGUGAGAAGAAGAAACCCAUUAACCCUCCUGCCCAAAUCCAGAAGACAUCUCCUUUUGGUGCUUCUCCUUUUAAGUCAUCCAGACACAUGGCAUACUACCGUUAGUCUUGCUGAAGUUUAUUCUUUUUCUUUAUGAAUCAAAUAAACCUCAAAAAAUAUUUGAUAGGGAUUUAUAUUUAAAGCCAAAUGUACAAGAAAAAAUGAGAAAGCUUUUAAGUGAUAAAAAGGGAUUGUAGUACUUUUCGGAUCUGAAUCUCUAACAACUUGCUACUCGGAUCUGGGAGCAAAUGUGAGAGAGUUAAUAUAGAGUCUACAUGCUCAAGCAAGUUUUGGAUUAUUCGUCCACUUGUUUGGCAGGUGGGCCCUAUAGGGAUUCUUCCACAUUUGUUGUUCAAAUUGUUAACAAUUCGGGCAACAAAGUUACUGAUAAUCUCUAUCUGUACUUUUCAUUAGCUCUCAAUAGAAAUUUAGGAUAGCAGUAAAUGCUACCUAUUGGAUUUGUUGGCAAGAUGGUGAAGCCAUAAUAUUCUGCUGCUGGCAUACGAUUAUGUAAUAAAUAAACGUGUUAAUUAUAUUGGGUUAUAUUCAUUGAUUUUCUGACAA